AUUCUUCAUCGAUCAAAGACAGCGUUGUAAAGAGUUUAACUGUCCCAAUAUUGAAUAUGGCUAUACAUGUUCGUCGGUAAACUAUUGUGUACAUUGGAGUAUUUUGAAAUAAAACUCGGCUAAUACAAUGGAUCAAGGACAUGGUGGAUUUUCUUCCGGUAACUCUUACGCGACAAAUUAUGGAGUGGGAGGCGGCCCAUUUAACACACAGCAUAACACACUUGAUGGAGGUGGUUUUCCGCCGCCGCCGCCGUCCUAUAAUGCGGCGAUUUCCGGUCAGUACAACAACGUUUCAUACACGCCCCAGCAUGGCAUGUUUACCAACGGAGCGACAGUGGCGCCAUACCGAGCGCCGGGCCAGACUGUCGGAAACGUCACUUACGUUAACGGCGUCGGAGGACAACCGGCAGUUAUAGGACAGCCCGCCAGAAGGACUACCUGCACGCCGUGUGUGCUGAUCUCUGUGAUAGUCGGUUUUGCAUGCUGCAUCUUCGUCUUGCCAGCUGUCAUAGUUGUGGCUGUGAUACUUUCGACAGAGGACGACUACAGCGACUACUGACCGAGUGGUGCUCUGUCAGUCGUCUCGGUCAUCGCCUUAAUGUAAUAAAGUGUGUGCCCAUACAUGUAUAAUUCUAAAUUUUGUUUUUAAACCUGAUGUCAACAAGAGAUGGUGCGAAAAAUACAUGGCACCAACAUUACGCUUUCGGUGGAAUCUGUUUUGUUUCAGAAUCUGCACAUUAUACACGUGAACCGUACAUAAUCAACGUCAGAUUCGGAAACUGAUUUUAGUGGAAGGAGCGUAACUUGAUUAACUUCUUCGAAAUUUAAAGUAUAUACACCCAUUUUUAACAAUUCAUUUGGUUAGUUUUUGUUAAUAUAACAUAUUACAAGAGGUCGCCGCACAUACUGAUUAGAUAGUACAUUUUAUUUCUGUCAAACUUUACAAUGUAUAUUGGAUAUCUUUUUCAAAGGUAUUUUAUUUAUUAAAAUUAAUGAUGGUAAAUUAAUACAAGGUACAUAUGACAAGCUACUUUUAUGAAUCUACCCAAACCACCUAUAUAAUCCAUGCGGGGUGACUUCUCAGUAUAUGGCGCGACUUCGUAGUGGUGCGAGUUUGUGUUGGUAGGACUUCUCCUCUUACCAUAUUACAUGGGUUUGCCUGUAAUCAUCAUGGGAUUAAUACCAGUAGCAAUCGGGGUUUUUUUUCGUCCAAGGCUUGGCAAAUGUUAUGGUCAAAAAUGGACCCGCUAAAAAUGCGCCCUCCAUCUAAAAGUCGAUUUUAAAAGCUUACUAUGAUACAUUGAUGUUAUUAUGCUUAUUUAAAUUAUUGCAAAACCGCUGGACGGUUUAUAUCGACAACACUAUUUCUUGUUGAAAUACAGUGAGUUCUCAGGUUGUGCGUGUCCAUUGUCACUAGCAUGAACAGUCAUGUUUUGCAGAACAGUGCUUUAAAACGAGAUCAGGCUAUUAGAAUAGUGCUAUUAUUUGUAAAUAAUAAUUAUGUCUUAUAUUACAACUUGUGCUAUAUGUAUAAAGACAAAUGUUUACCUAUUCUUAAAUAUCAGGGUUUUAUUGAAGGC